AUGCUCCUCGGCCUCGCCUCUCCGUCGCGCGGCGCGUCGCUUGCUGCGGCGCGCGCGAGCCGCGCGCUGCGAGUGCGCUCCGGCCGCGCCUUUGCGUCAGCCUCGGCGGUGGCAAAGGAGCCUCGGUUCAUCACGACGCCGAUCUAUUACGUGAACGGGCAGCCGCACAUCGGCCACGUGUACACCUCCCUCGCCUGCGACGUCGUCGCCCGCUUCUCGCGCCUCGACGGCCACAAGGUCCUCUUUCUGACCGGCACGGACGAGCACGGCCAAAAGGUGGAGCAGUCGGCCUGCAAGGCGGGCGAGUCGCCGCAGGACUUUGCCGACCGCGUCUCCGACACCUUCCGCGCGCUGCUGCCUCUGUACGACUUCUCCGUCGACCAGUUCAUCCGGACCACCGAGGCGAGGCACAAAGAGGCUGCGGCGGCGCUCUGGUCGGCGCUGGUCGAGUCGGGGGACUUGUACCUCGGCGCGUACGAGGGGUGGUACUCGGUCCGGGACGAGUGCUUCUACACCGAGGAGGAGCUGGUCGACGGCAACGCGCCGACGGGGGCAGAGGUGGAGUGGGUGGCCGAGUCGUCUUACUUCUUCCGCCUCUCGCGCUACCGGCAGAGACUCGAGGAGCACCUCCUCGCCAAGCCUACGCUCGGUGUCUCUCGGUGUCUCUCGGUGCUCGCCUUCAUGCGCGAUGGACUGCGCGACCUCUCCGUCUCGCGCACGACCUUUACGUGGGGCGUGCCGGUGCCAGGGCCGCCACCGCCGGACGGCCUCUCGCAUGUGAUGUACGUCUGGCUCGACGCGCUCACAAACUACCUCACCGCCCUCGGGUACCCCGACACCGAGGCUGCGGACUUCCGCUCCUUUUGGCCCGCGUCGCUGCACGUCGUCGGCAAGGACAUCCUGCGCUUCCACGCAAUCUACUGGCCCGCCUUUCUGAUGGCGGCGGGCCUGCCGCUGCCGAAGCGCCUCUUCGCGCACGGCUGGUGGAUGAACGAGGGCGAGAAGAUGUCCAAGUCAGUCGGCAACGUCGUCGACCCGGUGGCGCUGGUGCAGAGGUACGGCCCCGACCCGGUCCGCCACUUCCUCCUCUCGGACGUCACUUUCGGCGCAGACGGUGACUUCUCCGAGAAGAAGCUUGUCGAGUCGUCCAAUGCCAAGCUCGCAAACGAGCCUAGAAGCGGAAUACGUCUUCCUCUUGGCAACCUCGCGUACCGCACCCUCUCCUUCACGCAGAAGCAGUGCGGCGGCGCCGUGCCCGCGCCGGACGCCUUUUCCGAGGACGACCUGCAGCUGCUUGCCGAGGCGGCGGCUCUGCUGCCGCAGCUGCGCACGCACGUCGACUCGAUGGCGCUGCACCGGUACUCGCAGGGGGUGUCUGGGCUCGCCUCCGCUGCCAACCGCUACAUCGACGUGCAGGCGCCGUGGGCGCUCAAGAAGAGCGAGCCGGCGCGGAUGCGGACGGUGCUGUACGUGCUGAUCGAGGUGCUCCGCCACCUUGCGCUGUACUCUCAGCCGGUCACGCCCCGCAUCGGCGCUGCGCUGCUCGAGCAGCUCGGCGCGAGAUCUAGCCGAGAUACAGCUGAGGCAUAG